AUGCCUGCAAAGGAGCAGAAGAAGCGAAAACAGCAGAAUAAUGUGUCAAACGGCCACAAGCAGCCGUCCACCGCGGGGCAGGGGGCUGCGGCGCAGCGUGAUAUUGGCUUCCUUCCCCCUGGCACUGCCACUGCCUACACAGCGCCGGGGAACCGCUCGGAUGCCUUUGUGUACCACUUUCAUCAAAGUAUUCCCGUGCCAGGACGCCUGCGGCGCGCGCCAACCUCGCUCGUGGAGGCGGUGAACGACUUCCACUACGCCAUGAUGAACGACAAACCCCGCAAUGAGUUCUACUAUGAACUCCUAAAACGUCACGUGACACCUGAAACGGGUGUGUUGGAGAUUGGCGCGGGGUCGGGGCUGUUGUCGCUGAUGGCCGCGCAGCUCGGGGCCAAAUGGGUCGUGGCCGUGGAGGGGAGCGCGGAGAUGGCGAACUUGGCACGCGCCAACGUGUGUGCCAACAAGCUGGAGCACAAGGUGACCAUUCUGCACAUGCUGAGUACCGAGCUCACACUGCGCCACCUGCCAGACCGGCCUGAUGUCCUGGUGUCGGAAAUCUUUGGCACGUUGCUGCUGGGGGAGUCGGCCCUUGACUACAUUGCCGAUGCGCGGGAGCGGCUGCUGAAGCCAACGACGAAGAUUAUUCCACAACACGGGACACAGUACGCGGUUCCGAUCGAAUGCAGCACAUUAGGCGAUGUCUGUGCCGUCUCGGGUUGGAAAGGGUUGGACUUGAGCCACAUGACGGCACUGCAGGACACCGUCAGCAUCGUGUUUGCGAAACAGUACGGCUUUCGCAUGAGCAGCGUUCCCUUCCGUCGCCUGAGUGAGCCGAUUUCCCUCUUCUCCGUGGACUUUGCGACGGCAGUCCGCCAGGACAUCCCCACCAAAAUGGACAUUGGCGUCAAGGCAACCAGUAGCGGGACGGCGCACGCAAUGCUGUUCUACUGGAAGGCGUUUGACGGCGACCUCGUCAUGUCGACAGAUCCAGACGACACGCUCAACAACUUCCCACGCGACAUGCAGUGGGGCCAGGCACUUCAGCUGCUGGACGCCGCCAACGGCCCGCUUCCGACGCCUGUGGUCUUCACAGAGGGCAAGGAAAUCAAAUUUAAGUGCCACUUUCCCCCGGAUCGCGUAACUUUUCAUUUUCAGCUUUGCCCCACUGCGCCGCCACCAGCAACAGCUGCUGCAGUGGCUGCAUCGGCGACGAAUGCCGCGAAGGAGCACACUGCUGAGGAGCGAGUAAGUGGGAGUGAGGGGAAAAAUUCGGGGACAGUGAGACUUGAGUAA